AUGCCCAUCCGGGACAUCUUCGACCUUCCAGAUACGUUUGCCUACAACGGCUGGUCUAUCAGAUACACAGCCCGUCAGACUACCGCUGAUGCAGCAUCUGCUCCGCCAAACCCCUGGGUCGUCUUCGUCCACGGCACCCCGUGGUCCUCAGACGUCUUCCGGCCCCUAGCAAACGCACUGUCCGCGACCGGUAGCUUCAACAUUGUCCUCUACGACCUAGCCGGGUACGGACAGUCACAAAUAUCCGACAAGUCUCAGGCCAAGCCCGAGCCAGACACCUCCGUGAAGGCACAGGGAGAGCUACUUGCAGCAUUACUACAACAUCUCCACCUCGAUGGCAAAGACGGAAACGCAACCCCGCACAUCGUCGCUCACGACAUCGCCGGGGUGAUAUCAAUGCGGGCUCACCUGUUGCACGGGUGCGAGUACCGCAGCCUGUGUCUUUUGGAUACGAACUGCGUCCUCCCCUGGGGCGACAAGCUUUACAGCCACCUCCGGGAAAACCCAGCGGUGUUCGAAGACCUCCCCGCAGGCGUGUUCGAGGGCUGUUUGAGAGCUAUCAUCCAGAGCGCCAGGGUUAAAGGACGUGGGUUAGGCCCACAAUGGGAGGGUAUCCUUGCGCGGCCAUGGCUGACUGGAGGGGACGGGGCUGAUGAUAGUCUGGAAUAUGACCCACAGAAGAACUUUGUCAGGCAGAUCAAACAGGCUGAUGAUACCCACACGGCCGAGCUCCUGGACAACGAGCUGUACUCGGAGGUCCGCUGCGAUGUCAAGAUUCUGUGGGGAGAGCAGGACGGGUGGAUCCCGCAUCACAAGAUGCAGAGUCUUGCGAGGAUGUUGGGGGAUAGGCUGAAGGGGUUCGUCACGGUGCCGGAGGCUGGCCAUUUGAUCAUGCUCGAUCAGCCCGAGCGGGUGACGUUGGAGGUCUUUCGAUGGCUUGACAGGCAAGCCUGA